AUGGACUAUAUAUCGUCAUCAUCAUCAUCAUCAUCAUCAUCAUCAUCAUCAUCAUCAUCAUCAUCAUCAUCAUCAUCAUCAUCAUCAUCAUCAUCAUCAUCAUCAUCAUCAUCAUCAUCAUCAUCAUCAUCAUCAUCAUCAUCAUCAUCAUCAUCAUCAUCAUCAUCAUCAUCAUCAUCAUCAUCAUCAUCAUCAUCAUCAUCAUCAUCAUCAUCAUCAUCAUCAUCAUCAUCAUCAUCAUCAUCAUCAUCAUCAUCAUCAUCAUCAUCACAUCAUCAUCAUCAUCAUCAUCAUCAUCAUCAUCAUCAUCAUCAUCAUCAUCAUCAUCAUCAUCAUCAUCAUCAUCAUCAUCAUCAUCAUCAUCAUCAUCAUCAUCAUCAUCAUCAUCAUCAUCAUCAUCAUCAUCAUCAUCAUCAUCAUCAUCAUCAUCAUCAUCAUCAUCAUCAUCAUCAUCAUCAUCAUCAUCAUCAUCAUAGAAAACAAACAAACAAAGGACAAUCAGAAUUACAUCAAUUACAAUUUAGAGAUGAUUUAGUUUCUUUUUAUUUGGUUGGUUGUUUGUUUGUUUAUUCUCCAUUUACUCAAUUCGAUUCAUUAUUUUGGGUGGAUUCACAUCAAUCAAUAUGGAUUACAAUUUUUCUUUCUUAA